CGGCAACAGUCCUUGCCUGCCGCAUGUGAUCGUUCGGGGCGCCAUAGUAGGCCCUACGGAUCCUGAAUGUGCCAUGCGCAUAGGCCAGCAGAAUGUGACGCCUCUAGCUGCAUCGUUGUACUCAGCAUCGAGAACCUGGCACCUAACACAAUGGCUGAACUUUGUUUCGCUGGUGAUUCUCGUCAUCAGUCUCACAUCCGUCGUGAGAGUCGAGGCACAGACGCCAGGCCAGAUCAAAGCGUUGAAGAAGGAGGUUGAAGAUCUAUUUUAUCAUGGAUACGAAAAUUAUAUGGCCCAUGCAUUCCCUGAGGACGAACUGCGACCUAUAUCCUGCAGACCCCUGACACGCGACCGUGAGAAUCCGGCUCACAUCGAAGUCAACGACCCUUUAGGAAACUACUCCUUGACUCUGAUAGAUAGCCUGUCGACACUUGCUAUCCUAGCAUCUAGUCCUACCACCCCGAAACAUAACAAAGCCCUACACUUGUUCCAGGACGGUGUCCGCAGUCUGGUCGAGCAAUACGGCGAUGGCACAGAUGAGGAGUCCGGCCAAGGUCUAAGAGCUCGAGGAUUUGACUUGGAUAGCAAGGUCCAAGUCUUUGAGACUGCGAUACGAGGGCUGGGUGGCCUGCUAAGUGCCCACUUAUUCGCCACGGGAGACUUGCCUAUACGUGGAUACUCUCCUGUAAACCAGAAGAAUGUCUUUGCGAAAACAUCACGGAAGAGUUUCACAAGCAAUCAUACUAAUGUCAUACUGUGGAAGAAUGGCUUCAAAUAUGAUGGGCAACUUCUGAGACUGGCGUACGACCUGGGAAACCGUUUAAUCCCUGCAUUUUGGUCGUCGACCGGAAUACCAUAUCCUCGGGUCAAUCUCCGCACAGGCAUUCCAUUCUAUACCAAUUCCCCUUUGAAUGCCGACACAGGACGUGGUCAGUGUGACGCUCGUCAGACUGCUCCAGAGAUCACCGAAACAUGUAGUGCUGGUGCUGGAAGUCUGGUCCUCGAAUUCACUGUGCUGAGUCGUCUGACCGGAGACAGCCGCUUUGAAGAGCUUGCUAAGCGAGCAUUCUGGGCCAUUUGGAAUCGACGCAGUGAUCUUGACUUGAUUGGGAGCGGUAUUGAUGCUGAAACGGGAAACUGGAUAGGUACCUGGACCGGCAUUGGUGCCGGCAUCGACAGCUUCUUUGAGUAUGCCUACAAAUCCCACGUGCUGCUUUCUAGAGAUGCACACCCCGCUUAUGCGACACCCACGGAUGCGGAAGACCCUCGUGUACUUUUUGAUCCUCUACCGCUGGAAGAGGACACCUCUCAAGCCUUUCUCGCAGCCUGGAACGCUGCUCAGGCUGCAAUUCGAAGGCACCUCUAUAGAGGCCCUAACUUCCAGCACCCCCACUAUAUUCAAGCUGACUUGAUCACGGGUGCUGCUAGAGGGUUUUGGGUCGACGCACUGAGCGCGUUCUACCCUGGCUUGCUGGCACUGGCAGGCCAUGUUGAAGAGGCCGUCGAAACACAUCUUCUUCAGACUGCACUCUGGGACAGAUUCUCUGCUCUUCCAGAGCGUUGGAGUUUAGUUACUGGAGGUAUCGAGGGCGGAUUGGGCUGGUGGGUCGGCCGACCAGAAUUUAUCGAGUCAACAUACUACCUAUACCGUGCCACUGAAGAUCCAUGGUACUUCCAUGUCGGAGAAAUGGUCCUUCGGGACAUCAAGCGUCGUUGCUGGACCAAAUGCGGCUGGGCCAGCAUUCAAAAUGUCUUGACGGGUGAACAGACGGAUAGAAUGGAGAGCUUCUUUUUGGGCGAAACCGCCAAGUAUCUGUUUCUCCUUUUCGACCCUUCACAUCCUCUCAACCACCUGGAUGAGCCGUUCGUGUUCACUACAGAGGGUCAUCCAUUGCUGAUUCCUCGCAGUGUGGACAAUGGCCAUCAUCAAGGGAAGCUUUGGAACCCUGUUCCCCAAGAAGAGGCUUUCUGUCCCGUUAGUCCACCACCACUGCCCUUCAGUAUCUCAAAUAUCGCUGCCAGGGGAGACGUUUACCAUGCCGCCAACCUUGCCAGAUUGCAUUUGAUGCCGACAAGGGAUAACGUGGAGUCCGUACUUGGAGAAUACGCUGCUGAUCAUCCUAGCAUCACACUCUCAGACAUCAGUUCCCCCUCCAACUACACAUACUACCCGUGGACACUGCCAAUGGAGUUGAUCCCCUUCAACGCCAUCAGUUCUCUCAUCCCGACAAAACCCACGCUCGAUAUAUCAUUUCCCGCAGCCACACAUCUAGGUCAACCGGCACCGCCACUCCAGCGCGUCAGGGAAGGCCUCCUGAUCAAUUCCCUCGGCGGACUCCGUCUCGGAAUGGUUCAAGAUGUCCCCAUCCUGCUAGAUACAGGCAUAUUUGAUGAUGCCUUUCGCAUUCAAACAAUCAACAAUAUCCCUCUAGGUAAAGACGAGAAAGUGUUUCUAGCCCGAGACUCGGGCAAGGAAAGUUUGAGCAACACAGACCCAAACUUUACACGCAUUCGAGAUCCAAUUAUGCUGGACAUUGUAAUCGACCUCUCCGGUCCCAUCGAGCCGCCUGAAGACGAAGUCCAGUCCAAUAUCACCGACGAAGCGUUGCUCCUCAGUCUUGACGACCUGGGAGGGGGCUCUGCGGAUUCUGACAGUGCGAUGCGGGCAGCCUGGAACGCCAUCGUCUCGCAAAUCUCGAACCUCCUCAAAGAUCACCCUCAUCAGCAAUCGUGGCCGUUUACCACUCCGCUUUCAGUCCACUCCACUUUGUCAUCGUCUUCGUCGUCACAGCAGCAACAAGCGGCGUCUUCUUCUGACAGCAAGCCACGCUAUCACGUCGCGGCAGUCACGCCCACCGGUCCCGGUGCGGCUUUGUUACCAGAGUGGCCUGAAGUCAUGAGCAUGACCAACGUGGGUUCGCAACCGCCUCCUCUGUCGUGGACCACGAUCUACGCGACCGACGACCUCUGCGACCAUAAACUCCCGGCCCACGUCGUCAAGACACACCAGGUCCUCGUGGUGAAACGCGGAGGAUGCAACUUUAGUACGAAACUCGCCAACAUUCCUACUUUUACCCCAUCCUCGCAGUCUCUCCAACUUGUCGUUGUCGUGUCAUACGGUAGUGAUCGGAUUUCUGACGACGAAAACGACGUGGUUGGUGGUGGUGGUGGUGGUGGUACUGGCGAUUUCAACCAUGAAGAGAACUUGAUCAGACCUCACCUCGACCAGCCGCAACGCACACCGGCUGGGUUGUUGCGGCAUAAUCCCAUACACAUGGUCAUGGUCGGUGGUGGGAAGAACGUAUAUGACGCUUUGGCUUUGAAGACGGUGGCCGUUGGUGUCAAGAGACGCUAUCAUGUGGAGACAAAGGGUGUUAGGAUUGCGAAUUUGAUCAUCGUGUAGUUUAAGCAAGAGGUCCAUGACGGGCAAACAUUUGUAUCAGUCGACAGCGAUAUCGAUUCGAAUAUCUGGCAGCUAUUAUCAAUUUAUCAACAAGAGACCAUAUUGAUGGAAAGAUGUACAUGUACUUUUUUGAAGCAGAGCAGAGUAAAGAAACCGCC